CAGGCAUCAUUUCAUGCCUCCCUGUAUAAACGGUGGCCGUACCCGCGAGGGGACGUUGGGCUCGGGCCUGGCCUGUCGUUUUCCCUGAGGUCCCAGCCUGGGCAUGGACACGGCUAGUAGUAUGUACAGGAGUGCCCAGAGUUAUACGAAACCAGACCAAAGAUCCUGGUACCGAUUUGGAGAUACUUCGCCUGGUACCUCCCUCUUAACUUCUGCAACUCAGAGUCAGAGCCAAGAUGGCUGAUGGAGGGCCCGUUGCUAAAAGCGUCUGGCUGUUUGCCCCGAACCACGGCGCACCCAUCUUCUUUGCUGUGGCAUUCGCUGGCUCAGCUGUGGUUCACCUGUGGCAGUGCAUUCGCUACAAAUCUUUCCGGUUCACGUCCUACCUGCCGUUUAGUUGUCUCAUAUUCGAUAUCGCCUUCAUCCUCCGCGCAUACGGGUCAUUCAACUACACCCAGCUCCACGCCUACCUCGUCAGUACUAUACUAAUGUACUUGACGCUGAACCUCACGAUCGCCUCGCUCGCCCUGCAGUUGGGCAUCAUAACUUUAUUCUUUUCCCUCGCCGGAUUCUUCCACUACCGCUGCAUCACCGCUGCCGACGGCGGCAAUCCGGGAAUCCCUCUACGCCUGCGGCGUGUGUUAUACACAUUGUACGUCAGCAUGGGGCUCAUCCUGGUGAGGACGAUAUACCGCUCCGUUGAGCAUUUCGGGCCCGCACACGCUUCUAGUCUAGAAGAUCCAAAUGAUCCCAUGGGGCUGAACUAUCCUGUGCUGCGGCAGGAAUGGUUCUUCUACGUGUUUGAGGCUUCACCCAUGCUGGUCAACGCCGUGCUGUGGAACAUAAUCCAUCCCAGGAGACAUCUCCCUCAAAGCUACAAGACGUAUCUUGCUCAGGACGGUGAGACUGAGAUAUCCGGCCCCGGAUGGCCAGACAAGAGGGAUAUGAUCAUGACAGUGGCGGAUCCUUGUGGAUUGCUGCUCAUGUGCGAGCCGGGGAACAAUGGGGAGAAGUUUUGGGAGGAGAACGGCUAUCACCACUUGCUGAGAAGCAGGAAGCAGACAUGA